GUCCCUUCGUCCCACAAACUAUGUAGAGUUUAUGUCUCAUGGUCACCUCUUCAAUUGUAUCUAAUGUUGUAUGGACGAAGAGAUGGUGCUCUCAAUGGAGAGGCAACUUGUGGCAUCGCUAAUCCUAUGUAUAGUUAUGCCGAAGCUCGCAGGUCAUGAUUCUCAUCCAGUGUGAGUAGUUCAUCAUUCUUAUCACACUUCUUUUUCGUUCGUAAGAUGAAUCUACAUCAUUCAAACUAGAGUAUAUGAGUGCCUGCAAGGCUCGAUGCUUUUCACUUAUCUGUCAAUCCACUGAUAUCAUAUUCGUGUUUAAUGGUCCUCGUUCCUCAUUACUCAUUAUUUUAUUGCAGAUAUACCUAUUCCAUGGUUAUCUUCAAGACCCACAUUAGAGUUAGGCGAAGCUGCACUGCUCUGUGAAUCCCCAAGAGCUGUUCAUAUUCGAUUUUCAUCAUGAUUUGAUUGAUACUGUGAGUUAUCUACUUCCCCCUUUUCUCCCUUCUAUGAUGCUUUAUCACGACGGUCUUCGUAUUCUUACUGCCGAAGAGGCCCGCCACAGCUCAAAAACUCGGGCAACCCCUUCUGAUAUUUUUUUGUUAUGGAUGUUUUUCUUCGUGGUUCUCAUCUUGCAUUUACAGGACUGGUACAGUAUUGUGGUCCACAUGGUGAGUUUCAAGUUAUCUUCUAUUUCCUUUGCAGUUCCUUGUUUGUCUAUAUUAUAAGCAAAGAAUGUUUGGACAGCUUGGGCUGUGGCGCCGAAUUGCUGUGACUGGAAUUCGUAGUAACAAUUGUCGAUAGCUAUAGUAUUGCAUGCAAUACAUUUUCAU